UUCCAUAAAUGACAAAAAUGGCGUCUGUGUUGUGUUGAAGAGCAUACGAUAUAAACAUACUGAAUGUGUUUCGUGUUUCUCUUCUGUGAUUUUUACGAUAUUGUGUACUUUUAAUCAUAAAAUUAGUUAGUGAACUUAUUGAAAGAACUAAUGAGUUUGUUGACCGAUGUCUGCCGUGGCUCCAACUAUCCCCGGGGCUGACCCUGCAAAGGAUAUACAAAAGCGCCGUGCUGGCAGUGUUGGAUCCGAUGAAGACGACGCAAGCGGCGGAAAAUACACAAGGAUGGAGGAGGACAAUAUUCAAGACAAAGAGAGAUUUGCAAGUCGGGAAAACCAUUGUGAAAUUGAACGUCGUCGAAGAAACAAGAUGACAGCAUACAUUACGGAACUAUCUGAUAUGGUUCCAACAUGCUCUGCUCUAGCUCGCAAGCCCGAUAAACUUACCAUACUACGUAUGGCAGUGGCACAUAUGAAAGCUUUGAGAGGUACCGGAAAUACUUCUACGGAUGGAACUUACAAGCCAUCAUUUUUAACAGAUCAAGAAUUAAAACAUUUAAUACUUGAAGCAGCCGAUGGCUUUUUAUUCGUAGUCAGUUGCGAUACGGGUCGUAUUAUUUAUGUUAGUGACAGUAUAGCUCCGGUCCUAAAUUAUUCUCAAGGAGAAUGGUAUUCUUCUUGUUUAUACGAUCAAGUUCAUCCAGAUGAUGUCGAAAAAGUUCGGGAACAAUUAAGUACUCAAGAGCCACAAAAUACUGGACGGAUAUUAGAUCUGAAGACUGGUACUGUUAAGAAAGAAGGACACCAAUCGUCGAUGCGGCAAGUGAUGGGUUCCCGACGUGGGUUCAUCUGCCGCAUGCGCGUGGGCGGCACGGGCGAGGGCGCGCAAUUGGGCCGGCUGCGCGCGCGCAACUCGCUCGGGCCCUCGCACGACGGACACAACUACGCCGUAGUGCAUUGCACCGGAUACAUAAAGAAUUGGCCCCCCACAGAUCUGUUUCCAGGAAUGCAGAUGGAUCGACCAGUAGAGGACGAACUUCACGCGUCUCAUUGUUGUCUAGUAGCAAUUGGACGUUUACAGGUAACAUCGACACCCAAUGCGUCAGAAAAUAGUUUAUCGACGGGUGGCGUGGAGUUUGUGUCUCGUCAUUCAGUGGACGGCCGUUUUACAUUCGCCGACCAGCGCGCUACACAAGUGGUGGGUUACGCCCCCGCCGAUUUACUGGGAAAGCUUUGCUACGAAUUUUAUCAUCUUGAGGACCAACAGCAUAUGAGAGAUAAUUUUGAUCAAGUGUUAAAAUUGAAGGGCCAAAUAAUUUCAUUGAUGUAUCGAUUUCGUACAAAAAGUAAAGAAUGGGUUUGGCUGAGAACUUCCGCAUUUGCAUUCCUUAAUCCUUACAAUGAUGAUGUAGAAUAUAUCGUCUGUACAAACACUUUGGCAAAUCGUUCGUUAGGAAAUGCGGGCACGGAACCCGUUGCAGAAGAGACCUACGACUAUCACUUGCGCCACCGAGACGUGUAUCAGGCUCCUCCCCCUGCUCUUCACCAGCAGCAUCAUGCGCAGACAGCGGGCGGCGUGGGCGGCGGCGGCGGCGGCGGCGCGGCGGCGGGCGGCGGCGGCGUGGCGGCGCGCUCGCCGGGCGAGGCGGGGCUGGGCGCCGCGCCGCCCUACGCGCCGCACUACGCGCCCGACUACUCGCCGCACCGGCCCGCCAACACGCCGCCGCACACUACGUGGACCACGCUCCGCCCGAGCGGGGGCGGUACCGGCGGCGAGACGUACGCGUAUAGUGGCGAGGCGGCGGGCGGCGGCGGCGGCGGCAGCGCGGGCGCUGCCGCGGACGGCAGCCCGGCACGCUCGCCGCCCGCGCCCGCCUAUCUGCCUCCCGCCGCGCACUACCACCACCACAACCACCACCCACACCCGCAUCCGCACGGUAUGUGGUCGUGGCAAGGGGGAGGCGCGGGGACGGCGGGCCCGGCAGCGGGCGCGGCGGAGGGCGGCCACGCGCCGCACGAGCUGUCCGAUAUGCUGCAAAUACUGGACCAGAGCGGCACCGCCACCUUCGAGGACCUCAACAUUAAUAUGUUCAACUCGAACUUUGAAUAACGAGCACGUGUACAAUAGUAUGUAACGCGAACCUGCACAGUACCUACGUGGUGAAGGUACACCGCGCUCUCUGCCGCAUCCUGAGUCUCCCUGUCUCGCUGACAAAAUAAAUCCAAAUAACAUAGAUGAGGGAAUAUGGUAUAUAAUCUAUACAACACAUAGAAUCUCAAUAGGACCAGGACUGUUUGCUUGAGGACUCGUCUGAUAAAUUGGUUAUGCGCGCUACUAAGUCCGAUAUGGACAUGUUACAUUAUCGAAAUGGUUUCGAAUUAUCAUAAUUCAAUAAAAUUGAACAAAUUUUAUUUAACAUUUUGUUUUAGCUAUUAAUUAACAGUUACACUGUUAGCAAUAUUUUGAUUUUUUACGUAAGAUGUGGCAUUGAAUAUUCUAUUUAUUUUUAACUUGAAAUUAAUAAUAACAUGUUCAUAUAAGACUUUAUUAAAUAAUGUAACUCUGGUAACAAUUUGGAUUUGUACAGUAAGGGCCUUACUAUAAUAUAGUUAGAUACUUAAUGUAAAAGGUAAAAUGCUAAAGUAAGUUUAUGAACUAUGGUAUGCGAGUUAGUGGAGUUAUUUACAUAUAGUUAUUAUUUAGUUGUUAAGGAGGAAAGUAUUAUUAUUAUUUCUACUAGAAAAGAUAUUUUUAUUUAUAUUUAGUACUUCUGGCCCACGGCUCAAUAAUAUUGUCAGUUUAAUACUGAUACGAUCGAGACGAUGUUUUGCUCUGCAUUUAUUCCUGGUUCUCAUGUUAAUCUAUGUUCAAACACUAUCAACUGUAUAUAAAUAGUUUUUACCAAAAAUCCUUAUUUACAUCAUGAAGAGUGUUGUUUGCCCAAACAAAACCGUAAAGUUGCAUCCUCUGACAAUAAAUCUAGCAUAAUUUUAAAUUUAAACAUUACAGAAUUGUAAUGUUUUAUAUCAAAUGGCAUUUUACUCAGAUAUAAGUAUAAAUGUAUUAUGAAGUACCUACAUAAUUAAAAUUUAAAUCUGAUUACAAUAUAUUGAUAUGAUCAAUAUAAUAUUGUGCUAAUUUGUGUUGUCAGAAGGCAUCUUUAUAAGCUAUUACAUUUUGUGUAGAUAUAUUGUCUCUUUUGUUGUAAAUAUUGAAAUAUAUAAAAUGACAAUUGUUAGACACUUUCUUAUAAUUUCAGUAUAUAUACGGCUGAACAAGUUGUUACAAAGCUAUAAGUAACAUGUAUUUAUAAUUUUUAUUGAAAAUACAGAAUGAACCGGUGUAAAAAUUUCACUGGAACCAUGAUACUUAGAUUUUGUAUAAUUUCUCUUAUAUAUGGAAUCGGGUAAUACCAUUUAAUCUAUAUAAAUAGGAAUAAAAAAAUCUCCGUAAUGGUCUGAUUAAGCAUCAUACACGCUGAGGCCUCGUGCUCCAUUCUGUUCAACACUCCUCGUCUUUUCAGUCCUCGAUGCCCACAGUACGUGCACACGCCUACCUUGUAUGUCGCAGACGGGACUUACCUGUUUGAUUAAAAUAACGCCACUCAUUGCUGAUAUUAUAGCGAUAGGUAUAUACGCACACUAAGUAGAGUUCAUACGUCCAUAGCAUGGGCGGAACAAUGGCGAUUGUACAUAUGUGCGUGUGAUAGUAGAAUGGUUUUUGUACGCACCCUAAAAUGUUAAUAAAAAACAAUUAAUAAACAAUAAAAAUAAAUUGGCAUACCCGAUGAUUUAUCAUUAUAAUAAUAUCUAAAUAAUACAACGAAUCUUUAAAAGGUAUAGACAAAUUGUUGUCCUGCUAUUGAGCAGGACACAGCAUUUUGGAUUUAUAUUGCAAUUAUGCAGUCAACAUAAAAAUGUAUAAAAAAUAGAAAUGUUAAAUUUUUAAAUAUCAAUAUCGGACUGAAUAAUAAAUAUGACCAAUGAGUCACAUUAUAGUACAUUACUGGAGCGGCCAGCAACUGAGGUAUAUAUGGACGAACGUGCAAAUGUGGGCCGAGGCAUAGUCGAGGCACAUAUACGUGAGUCCAUCAAUGCCUAGUUGUGGCCAAGGCUUGUAUAGUACUUUUCUCAAACAAUGCGCGGAAAUCAAAAACACAAUUUUACUUUUUAAGUUCAAUGACGAAUAACGAACAAUAAUAAUUUUUCACGCGCCAUAAUGUUCCUUUGUUUUUUUUUCAAUAAACAGCUUUCUAUUUGCAAGCCAGUUCGAAAUUUAAAUAAAGCCUUUUAUUAGUUACCUCCUGGGUAGCCAUGUUUCGAAGUAAACGGUCAUUCCAUUUUUAAAUUACAGGACAGAUAUGAGUUUACAUAGUAAUUUAUCUGGCCGCAAAACACGACAGAUAUGGAUUUUCAUACAACUUUUGCCGGCCGCUGCCCGCAUGUAUCUGACCAGUACGGCAAUUUUGAUUUAUCUCAAAGAAGAUUGUCAAAAUAAUGCUCACAUUUUCAAGCAUGUUUGAGAAAAAAAUAUUUAAUGAUCCAAGGCAUUGUAAAAUAGCUUCUAAUUUACAUGAAAUAAGACAGAUUUGUGAGACAAUCAGGAGUGCCUACCAAAAGCGCCAAAAGAGAGCAAGUGAUUUGGUCAAUAAAAAAUGUAAUAUAUUAAUAUUAGGAAGUGUGAUUCCUAGCAAUUUUUGUUUUAUAAACUUUUCUUUAUUUUUUUAGAAAUUAUAUUUUAUCGUUUAUAAUUAAAUAUAUUAGUGCGACAAAAUAGAAUUAUUUUUUAUGUAAUGCAUUUACGACUAAUUUUCGUAUCAUUAAAUUCUAUUUGUAAUUGGUUUAUUAGGUAUAUCUGAAUUUUGUAAAAUGAAUUUUUCAUUAAAUACAAAUACAAGGACA